CUGCUGAGAGAUGCUUGCUCGCCGGCUCUGCUACUUAUCGGCAUUGGAGAACGACCGGCACUGGGAUUCCCAAGCAGCCACCCCAGGGGACCCCAGCCGGUGUCAGUGCCUCCAUCUCGCAUGCUCUUAGUCGCUUCCAGUGCAGAUAUACCAGGGAGUCACACCCACAGCAGCCGAUUCUGGGGAGCUGUCAGGCAGGAGUCAUACACCGACCCCUCCAGUGCAAGUAGAACAUCCAUACUGGAGUCAUACCUACCACGGUCAGACCUACCUGCAUAAAUUCAUUGCUGCCAUUGAACUCUCCCCUGGAUGGAUCCAUACCUAAGUGUCAUAUGUACCUAAUCCAGUGCCUCCAGCAUCUCUUCCUCUGAGGAACAUCUAAAGCUGCAGGACCACCAGCAUCCUUUCCUUGGGGGGGGGUCACACCUUCCUUGGCUGGACAUCAGCUUCCAACCCUGGAAGUCCCUUCUGCACCUACUCAGACCUCCGGUCUCAAUUUCACUCCUAACUGGAGCUUCAACAUCCAAAUGAGUCACAUCUAGCCCUGGCAGAACCUCCAGUAUCCCUCACUUGGCAAACUGAUGUUAGUGGGACCACCAAAAUCCACCCAUGUGAGUCACAUCUAGCCUGACUGCACCUCCACCAUACAUCAUACUAAAACUGAACUCAAAGGUGAACAACCCCUUUAAGGAACAAUUUUUUUGUGGUACCACCAGAAGCCAUCCAAGUGAGUCACACCUAGCCUGACUGCGCCUCCAGCAUGCCUUUGAGUAAACCUACCCCUACUCUAUCUACAAGCCAUCUCUAAUGGACCUCCAGCCUCAGUUUGGGAGCCACACUUACUCUAAAUGGACUGGAAUGUGUGUGAGUCUCACCUAGCUUUAUAGGAUCCAUCAGACCCUGUGGUAUAACCAGAAGCCAUCUCUGCGGGUCAUGCCGAGUCUGACUGGACCCCAGUUUACAGUCAAAAUUCCCACUACUCUACCAGCAACCAUCCAUAGCUAACAUUCACAUUCCAGAGAGCCAUACAAAUGUCCUCCAUAUAGGUCCCCUGGUCCUGCUACCCAUUACCCAGGUUAGUGGAUUCAUCAUAGGUGUUUGUGCCCUUAUUUAUUACCCCCUCCUGUACUUAUUUAAUUUACCCAAGUUGGCGCCUUAUGACCUCCAGCACUUUUGUAGCAGUUCCCACUAUUUAUCCCUCUAAAUUCAGUGCCCAAUUGUAUUUCCACAAUCUGCCAAAUCCCUUAAUGCAUGCCCCAUAGUCUUUCCUUCCUACCCUUGGGUCUUUCAUCCGGCACGCUGCUUCCCCCACUCUCCCCCCUUCCUGUAACCCCCUCCUUGGCCUCUUCGUCCACCUCAACUCUGGGGAUGACGGCUGGGGAAUUCCCUCAUGGGAGCCCAGGGAGGGUGCCACAAGGGGGGCGAAGUUGUGCCCUACGUGGCUGCUAUAAGAUGCUCUCUGUAAUUCUACUGCUGGCACAAGGGGCUUUACUUGACCUUUACCUGACAGACCUAUACUGGUGCUCUUGGAUAGCCACUGACCUAGUAGUGGUAGCUGGAUGGGGUAUAUUUUACUCCAAAAACAGCAGAGGCAAAAGAGCUAGACAGGGUUCACUUAAACCCUCUGGAUAUGGGCAAGUGAAACCACACAGGAAGGGUCAAUUUGCUUACAGCCACCUGGCUUGGCUAAUUUACUCAAUUGCAUUUACUCCAAAAGUGGCUCUGAUACUUUGCACUCCCAUACUAGACCAGAUUGAAGCUGGAGUUCCCCUUGGGUGCACUGGGUUUAGACUCACAGUUUCUCUCUCUGUACCAUUACUAUGGACACUAGUCCGUUCCCUCAGUGCUGAUCCUCGAGGCUGGCUGCACCAAAGAGCAACUGGAUACUUUGUGGCUUCCUGUCUGGACCUACUCGACAGCUAUGCCCUGUUGGAGCUCAUGUUGGAAGAAAAGCUGCCCUACUCCCCUUUUAUGCGUUAUCCCCUACUUGUGGUAUAUUUUGUGGCUUUAGUCUCUCCAGUGCUUUGGCUAUUUGAGCUGGACGCUGUAGCCCCACCAGGCUGCUGCCGUCUUUUUUUGCGUUUUCUUUUUGGUACUCUUGUUGACGCUCCUCUUCUUGCCCUACGGUGCUUUUUCAUGUUGGGUCCAGCUGGUCAACCUAUCUCAGUUUUCAUGCUAAAAAACAUCUUCUUCUUGGGCUGCCAUUGGCUAGAAGUGCUGGAGCUGUGCUGUCUUAUAAGAUCCCCAGGUCCUGAGCAUUCUGACCGGCCUCCUGGACAGUUCAGUCAUUGUGUGUCCGAAAAUGAUAUGGGACCUCAUGCCUAUGUCAACACACUGGCUGUUGCCUCACAGACCUGAGGAUCAUCACAGCUCCAUCUGUAGAAGACCAUGGUAUUCCAACAUGGGUCACAACCAGAUUUCAACCUGAA